AUGGCACAUGAAAAGUUUAGUAUACCUGAGAACUUCACAUUGGCACAGUCUUUACAAUUGCUUUAUUCUGUUGUCAAAAAUCAAUACAAAAACCUAGCCGACCUGUUAAUCAAUGAUGAAGGUAAUAAAGAUUCAACCACUUAUGGAAAAAUCCAUAAAAAUCUAGAUUCUUUACUAGUAUAUGUCAAUGAAGGUCUUCGAAAAAUUGAAAAAACGUAUACUUUAAAGAAGGGAUUAGGAAACCUUGUAGUUGAUCAUCCCGAAUUGAGGAGCAUUAUUGAGGACUUUCAAAUUCUUGGUCAGGAUAUAAGGAUUGCACGUCGCAAAGCGGAGAAUUUUAUUACUGAAGGCAACAGUAGCCCUUCCUUGUCCUCAUCCUCGUCCGUUUUGGGUCUUGGAACAGGAAAUGGUUUGCGUUUUCCAAAACUUUGGAGAAUGGGCUCCAAGAGAGACAAAGUGAAAGAAGCUGACGAAAAGGAGGCUAGAAUUAAUAAACAGGCUGAUAAUAUCAGACGUACGAGGAAGCUGGAAGAAGAGAAAAAGUUAGGAGCAAAACGUCAGUACGAAAGGGAUUUAGAACUUCAAAGAGAGAAAUUGAUCGAAUUAAAAGUUAAAGAGAAAGUUGAGUUUGAAGUGGCACAAAAGUUGGAAGAGGAGAGAGUCAAAAGAGAAGAGCAAGAACGCAAACAUAGAGAACAAGCGAAGAAGAAACGUUUAUCAAUCCUGAAACAUGACAGCAAAACAAACUAUAAAUCAAGGGCUAGCCUUGAUGAUUCCUCCUCAAAUGCUAAACCUUCAGGAAAGAUUGAUAACUCUGUAAUCAAAAGGAGAUCACUUGACAUAGUACGAAUCUCAGAUGAAAGAACGCGAAAUCCGGUAAGAAAAUCUAUGGAGGCUGCAGAAAUAGGUAUGGCUGCUCAGUUAGCAUGGUCGCAAUAUCAAAAUGGGGCAAAUCAUUCAAAACUGAGUAAUAGUAGUUCACAUUCCAAUGAAUUUCAAACACGUUAUAGGCCUACUCAAGCUUUGAAAAAAAAGUAUGAUUACAAAAAGCCAACGGUUAAUCGACCGAUUAUAAAAUCACCUACUCUCAAUAGACAAAGUAGUAAGUCAAAAAAUUUGUCAACGAAUGCAAAAUUGAAAGCGAGCAAGGCUAAUACCAACAAAACUUCCCGCAGGAGCGAGCAAAAUUUAGAGCCCACCUCACCAAUACUUAUUUCUGCGACAACAUCAUCUGCUGAAUCUAAGCCCAGACGUUCUAAAAGUGGUACACCUGAUAGGGAAAGUUCUGUUAGUUCUUUUAUCGAUUCUAAAAAGGAAGAUAUAUUGAAGUCAGUACAAGGAGUAGAUCGAAGUGCUUGUGAACAAAUACUAAAUGAAAUCCUUGUAACGGACGAAAAAGUUUACUGGGACGAUAUCGCAGGCUUAAGAAAUGCAAAGAAUUCUUUGAAAGAGGCCGUGGUUUACCCUUUUUUGCGGCCGGAUUUAUUCAAAGGGCUAAGAGAACCAGUUAGAGGAAUGCUUUUGUUUGGCCCUCCAGGUACUGGUAAGACAAUGAUUGCUAAAGCGGUUGCAACAGAGUCUAAUUCUACGUUUUUUAGUGUUAGUGCGUCUUCUUUGCUAUCGAAGUAUCUUGGUGAAUCUGAGAAAUUGAUUAGAGCAUUGUUUUACAUGGCCAAGAAACUGUCACCCUCUAUCAUUUUCAUAGAUGAGAUCGACUCAAUGUUAACUGCUCGCUCUGAAAAUGAGAAUGAAUCAUCGAGGAGGAUUAAAACGGAACUACUUAUUCAGUGGUCCUCUUUAUCUGCUGCUACCGCACAAUCUGAAGCACAAAAUAAUAUGCUUGACAGCAGAGUGCUUGUUUUAGGAGCCACAAAUUUGCCGUGGGCAAUUGAUGAUGCAGCAAGAAGACGAUUUUCAAGAAAAUUAUAUAUUCCUCUCCCCGAUUAUGAAACAAGGCUUUACCACUUGAAAAGAUUAAUGGCCAAACAGAAAAAUGAUUUGGAUAAUUUAGAUUAUGAAUUAAUAACAAAAAUGACGGAGGGAUUCUCUGGUUCUGACCUCACAUCAUUAGCCAAAGAGGCGGCAAUGGAACCAAUCAGGGAUUUAGGAGAUAAGUUGAUGUUUGUCGAUUUUGAUAAGAUUAGGGGAAUUGAAAUAAAAGAUUUCCAGAAUUCGCUAUUGACAAUAAAGAAGAGCGUGUCGCCGGAGUCUUUACGAAGAUAUGAAGAAUGGUCUAGUAAAUUUGGUAGUACAGGUGCUUAA